UGCCCAUCAUCACUUAUCAGCUUUACAAUCUAGAACUUACUUUGGGAUCCAAGGACAUUGAAGACAUGGCAAAGUUCACCAUCUCUUUCUGCGCUCUGCUCGGGCUUCUACUGGUCUGCGCCGCCAUGGGGAACAGCAAACCAUUUAGAGGCGACAGGUGCUGCACAAAAUUCCAGUCGGACCCACUGCUUUUGGAGAGAAUCCGUGGUUACAGUUUGGAUCGCCCUGGGAAAUGUCGCCUCAAUGCAGUCAAGUUCUACACUAUAAAGGACAGAGUUGUUUGUGCCAAUCCAACAGUGCCGUGGGCAAUAGAUGCCAUGAAUUUUAUCAGGAACCAAACUGCAUCAGCUUAAUCUGUGGACACCUACAGUUUUAAUCGGAACCUCUGUCUGCAUCCAGGGGAUGCUUUUUUAUGACCCACAGGCUUGAUUAAAGAUACAAUAGGCCUACUGAUGUUGUAUAUGUCUGUAUAUACAUGUCUGAUUGCAAUGCAAAGUAUACUAAUAAUGAUACAAAUGUGUAUAUUUCUGAGAAAUACAAAGUUGUAAUCUAUCUUUUUAAAAUAAAGUCAUUGAGAAAAACA